UGAUCAGGUAAUAUCUUUAACGUUUCCUAUUGUGAUAGCCAAGUCAUUACAUUUCCUAGUCUUGUGCCCUCGCUUUAUUUUUUUACUCUGUUUUCACAAACCCAAUUAGUUCAUUCUAAUCUUACAGCAAUUACCGUGGUAAAAAUGAUUUUAAAUAAAAUUUUAAGGAACUCGAAAAACAUUAGCUCCAAGAUCAAUGGUCAUAGAUUUCAGAGUACGUUGAUCAUUGCCGAACAUGACAACGAAAAACUUGCUGCAGUAACGCGUAACGCCCUGACAGCUGCGAAAAAACUUGGUGGUGAAGUAUCUGUACUUGUUGCUGGUACCAAAAUUGGAUCUGUAGUAGAAGAAGUAUCCAAAGUAUCUGGUGUUAAUAAAGUACUUAAAAUUGAAGGAGAAGAAUUUAAAGGUUUUCUACCAGAAAUUGUAGCUCCCCUAGUAUUAGCCACACAAAAACAAAUUAAUGCUACCCAUGUAUUAGCUGGCUCCAGUGCCCAAAGCAAAUCACUUUUACCUCGAGUAGCUGCAUUAUUAGAUGUUUCUCCAGUUACUGAUGUUAUUAACAUCAAAUCUCCUGAUACCUUUGUGCGAACAAUUUAUGCAGGAAAUGCUGUAUUGACUUUAAAGUCUUUGGAUUCUGUCAAAGUACUUACUGUACGAAGUACUAGUUUUGAAGCUGCUCCUGAUGGUGGUUCUGGUACUGUUGAAGACGCUGUACCUUCAAGUAGCUAUGAAAAAGGAACUGGUUCCGAAUGGAUUAGCCAGGAAUUAAGUAAAAAUGACCGACCAGAUUUGGCAUCUGCCAAAAUAGUUGUGUCAGGAGGACGAGGUGUUAAAUCUACGGAAAAUUUCAAAAUGAUUUAUGAUCUAGCUGACAAAAUGGGUGCAGGUGUAGGAGCUUCGAGAGCAGCUGUAGAUGCUGGAUUUGUUCCAAAUGACAUGCAAAUUGGACAAACUGGAAAAAUUGUUGCUCCAGAGUUAUAUUUGGCUAUUGGCAUUUCUGGUGCUAUCCAACAUUUGGCUGGUAUGAAAGAUUCUAAAACCAUUGCUGCCAUUAAUAAGGAUCCUGAUGCACCAAUUUUCCAAGUAGCGGAUUAUGGAUUAGUUGCUGAUUUAUUCAAAGCUGUUCCCGAAAUGAUUGAGAAAAUUAAAUAACAUUUUUAUACUGCUUU